AUGGUGACUCUGCAGACUCUGACUCAAGUCUGUCCCAAAGUGUUUGGCAUUUCCCAGCAUUCCCUGCCCGGACGUAUUGCCUUCACUAACACUUACUUUGGAGGAGACAACGCCUCCACAAAGCGGGUCCUGUAUGUCAACGGUGGAGUUGACCCAUGGAGGGAGCUGUCAGUGCUCCAUGACAGGUCUGAGGGAGGAGAAGAAGUCCAAAGCAUUUUCAUUAAGGACACAGCUCACUGUGCUGACAUGAUGAGUAGCAGAGUCUCAGACCGCCGUUCACUCAGGACAGCCAGAGAGGAGAUUAAGAAGCAUGUGUCCAGCUGGCUGAAGACGGCUGCUCAGGAGCAGGUGGGGAAAAAAGGAGUCUGAUAACAUUAAAUCCUGAUCAGCUCUUAUCAGUUCUUCCUCAAACUGAUAAGCAGCAGUUAAUAAGCCAGUGUUCCUGCCUGCUCUGCUUCAUCAUCGUCCUCAUCUUCCUCCAUUUCCUCUCUGAGACCUUCCUGUUCUCCCCCUCCUCUCCAUCCAUCCGUACUGUCUCGCAGCACUGAGGUCAUCUAUGUGUUUGUGUUUGUGUUUGGAAGAAUCUUUCUUCAGCUUUU